UCUUGAUCAAAGAUCUACAGGAGAGGAGCAACUAUAUCUUGAUCAAGGAACUACAGGAGAGGAGCAACUAUACCUUGAUCAAUGGACUACAAGAGAGAAGCAACUAUAUCUUGAUCAAAGAUCUACAGGAGCGGAGAAACUAUAUCUUGAUCAAGGAACUACAGGAGUGGAGCAACUUUACCUUGAUCAAGGAACUACAGGAGAGGAGCAACUUUACCUUGAUCAAGGAACUGCAGGAGAGGAGCAAUUUUUCAGGGGAGGACAUGCGUCAAAAUAUUAUUUCUUUUUACUGUUUUCUGUGUAUUGAGUACAUAAUAUCCUACUGUUUGAAAGUUUGUACAAUGAACAUCUUAGUUUACUGUUUUUCAUGUACAGUAUGUACCACUGUUUGAGAGUUUGUACAUUGUACAUCUUAGUUUACUGUUUGUCAUGUACAGUAUGUACCACUGUUUGAGUGUUUUUACAAUGUACAUUUUAGUUAACUGUUUGUCAUGUACAGUAUGUACCACUGUUUGAGUGUUUUUACAUUGUACAUCUUAGUUUACUGUUUGUCAUGUACAGUAUAAACCACUGUUUGAGUGUUUUUACAUUGUACAUCUUAGUUAACUGUUUGUCAUGUACAGUAUAUACCACUGUUUGAGAGUUUGUACAAUGAACAUCUUAGUUUACUGUUUUUCAUGUACAGUAUGUACCACUGUUUGAGUGUUUUUACAAUGUACAUUUUAGUUAACUGUUUGUCAUGUACAGUAUGUACCACUGUUUGAGUGUUUUUACAUUGUACAUCUUAGUUAACUGUUUGUCAUGUACAGUAUAUACCACUGUUUGAGAGUUUGUACAAUGAACAUCUUAGUUUACUGUUUUUCAUUUACAGUAUAUACCACUGUUUGAGAGUUUGUACAAUGUACAUCUUAGUUUACUGUUUGUCAUUUACAGUAUAUACCACUGUUUGAGAGUUUGUUAAGAGGGAGGAGAGGGUUCCUCAUCCUUCUGCUUCUGCUUCAGAUUUAAGAACAGCAGAGUAUAGCAGAUCAUGUCGCAAGAUAUGAAAUGCAUUUCUUUAAAAUAUUAAUAAAUGUAAACUUGGAAAUACGCGUAAAAAAAUUGUUUGUUUUUAUUAGCUUUAUAGUGCACAGGCGCGUACACAGGAUUUCAGUCAAAGGUGGACAAGAUUUAGCGCGAAUUUUUUUUUGCCCACCCCCUGGCCUUAAAAAUGCUGUUAUUCUACACUAAGUCUACUAUGUACAUGUCACCUAUGUAGUCCAUUGUUGUCCCUAUUCAAGGAUUAUGUAUCCCUCUGUAUAGUUCUGUUUUACUCUCUGCAAAGUCCUGAGUAGUCUCCUGAGACUACUUUGUAGUCCACUGUAGUAUCGAUUCAAGGACUAUAUAUAAUGUAUCCCUCUGUAUAGUUUCAUAUUAUUCUCUGAAGUCCUGAGUAGUCUCCUGAGACUACUUUCCUUUGUAGUCCACAAACUUUUGUAUAUAUUAUUAUGUAUUUCUCUGUAUUUAUGGGAAGACAUCCCAAACACUUGCAUAAUGCAUAUAGCUAUAGUUGUUUAUCAAGUAGGGUGGGGAGAGAUUUUAGAUAAAAGGGAAAAACCAAGGUAAAAUUUUGAAAUAAAUGGCGCGAAGCGGCAAGAAAAUUUUCAAAGGGGAAAACACAAUUUUGAUAAAAAGGGAAAGCUUCUUUUAAACCCACCUCACCUGAUUUUAACCUUUGCCCAUAAAUCCCAGGGGGGUACAGGCUCCCCCUGGGAUGUCAAAGGGAGCAAGAGGACUACUGCCCCCCGCCUGUGUGCCAGUUUUUAUUCAAUGGAUAUUAAUGUUAAUAGUACACCUAUUUUCAGAGGAUAGAAACAAGUUAAGAAUGGAGAAUAAGUUGUCUAACUUGGAGAGCAUGGUAGUGUAUGAUCUAAUGGUUGUGCUCAAGUAUUUAAAUAAGAAGGACAAGGGAGCACUUAGAGCUUCAAGUACAACCUUGCGGAGACGGAUUGAUGAGUUAGAGAAAACCUUUAAGAUUUGGAGGAUACACGGAGAAGUUGAUUCUGUUAGACUGAGAAGAUUAUCAGACGAGAUAUGUACAAUUCAAGAGUUGGCAAUCUAUCCUCUUAUUACUCCUGGUUGUGGUCCAGUGUUCAACUAUUUGGUGGAGAAACACAAGGAGCUGGAAUCUAUCAGCAUAGAGUUUGUUGGACAUGAGGAUACAGAUGAAAAUAAGGAUCAGGAUGAAAUCGUUCUGACAACACUCUCUCAUAACAAUUUAAAAUCUAUUACUAUUUAUGGUAUGAAGAAUACAGGAGAUAUUACUGGUCGUCUUCCUAGUACUUACCCUAACCUAGUGAAGUUACAGCUGACAGAUUGGCAUAAGCUGUCAGAUAAAGGACUGAUGAAGAUACUGAGAAGAUAUAGGAGUAAUCUGAGAGAAUUGAAGUUAGAUUGUUCUAACAUAACAGGGGUUGGUAUAAAGAGAGGAGUAAAAUCUCUUCCAAACCUCGAGUCAUUGACCCUAAUUUCCUGUAGUAACCUGGAAAACGGAGAACUAGUCGAGAUACUAAGUAUAUCUGGGAGUAAACUCCGAUAUCUGGAUGUUUCCUAUACUAGUAUCCCAGGGUUAGGAUUAGAUAAGAUAUUUAAGUCACUUCCAAACCUUGAAACACUGAUCAUGAAUGGUUGUAAAGAGUUAUCAAAUAGAGAACUGUUGGAGAUACUGAGUAUACCUGGGAGUAAACUCAGAUAUCUGGAUGUAUCCUGGACUAGUAUCACUGGAGUCGGAUUCAAGAACGGAGUAAAAUCUCUCCCUAUGUUGGAAAACCUAUGGCUGGCAUUCUGUGAUGAGUUGACUGAAGGAGGACUCCUGGAGAUACUAAGCACAGCAGGGAAUAGAUUGAAGACUGUUCAUGUAAAUGGAGAAACUGUUGCUGAAGAAACUCUCCGUAUUCAAUAUCCUUCUAUUCAGUUUAAUUUUGUAUUCUGAUCCAAUACGCAAAUAGAACUGAUUUCUAACCAAUCCUUCAUUAACAUUAGUUUUCCAAGUUGUAGAAAAAAUCCAGUUUUCAA